AGCAAGUGAGUUGUUCAGUCGCCGCAGGGCAGCGGCCGAUCUGGCUGGUUGCUCCUUCCGCCUCUGGGGUUUGCAGAGCGCAGAGUCUCCUCGCGAGAAAGCCCAUGAUGCUGAUGGAUGCACCGAUCAUCUUCAUCAUCGGGCGUCCGUGGGCGAGCCAGAGAACAGCGCCAUCAGCCAAAGAGGGAGACGCUCGGCCGCCUUCGCCCGCACCCCGCUCCCCGGGCUUGCCCGCGGACCACGCAUGGAGAGUGAGCGGAUCGCCUCGGCGCAGCCCGACGUGAAAACAGAAGAAGAAAUAGAAGCACUGAUUUUUGAUGGUGCAGAAGUUGUUGACAUUCACAACAUGCAAGUUCCACAGCGAGUACUUUCAGUUAAUAGUGUCCCCUCAACUUCACAAGAAAGUCAGGAACAAAGGAGAUGUUUGGCAACCCUUGUAUACCUGAAAAAUACCAGAAACAAUAACGCUGGGGAGUGCAGCUCUGCAGGAGGCGAUCUAUCUGAUGUGAAAUCUGAAAGCACUGGUUACCAGGAGCAACCCAUCACUGAGGAUAAGCCCGCUGGCAUCAUUACUCAUCACCCAUGUGGACUUCGAUCAGGCAAAAGGAAAACAUUUUCUCCCCCUAAUGUCCAGAUGGAAAAACUAACCAACUACAAUGAAGUAACAUUGAAGAAGAAGAGAUUGCACAGUAUGGUAAGACCACCUGCGUUUAGGAGGCUAUCAGAUGACGAAGAUUUUGAAGAGUACUACGAUGAGGAAUCUGAUGCAAUGCCAGAUAAUGCCAGUGAUUUGUCGGAUAGCUCUGAAAAUGGAGGUCAACAAACCUCACUGAUGGAAGUUAUCAACUAUUGUCAGGUUAUAUAUUCUGCUAUCCGAAGACUGGACAAAAAAGUGGAAUUCAUUCAAAGAAAAGUAUCAGAUCUGCGUCAAGGAAAAACAAGAUACUUUGCUAAACAGAGGCAAGUUUUAGCAUCUCUUUCCAAUGGUUAUAAUCAGACCUUGAAGAGGAAAAUGGUACUGAAGUCUGCUGUGAAUAUGCGAAAGAAGAAAAUUACUUGCCCCAACAUCUCUUGUCAGAGUGAGCCAAAUUACUCUAAUGAUCCUAUAGUAAUUCAGGAUGAAGAAGAUGUUGCUGAUAUGAUAGUUAACGAGAAGCCAAAUGAAUCUGCAGUCUUUCAUCCGACGGAGCAGAUCCUGGAAAAUGUGAUGCCACCGACUAACUCAGCUGUGCAUGGUCAAGUGCUACAACGCCUGGCCCUAAAACCAGAACUUCAGCAACCAGGCCAGGGGCUGCAAUACACACCAGCAACAUAUAGAAUGAACAAGCUACUGAACCACCAUGGUCAGCGACCAGUGCUUCAACAGCUAGAAAUUAAAAAAACUUUGCAAACCAUAGAAAAUGCUCACGAGAACAUUGAUCCCUCAGCUGAUCAUUGUAAUAAUGUGGAGCCUUUGAAAAAGGAUCCGAUGCUGGAGGAGUCAUCCUUUGAUCUUUCAAAGAAUAGCUUUGGAUUUCUGGGGAAUCCCUUGCGCAAUGUUAAAAUACCUGGUGCAUUUAUAUUGAAGGCCAGUCAGAAGACACAGCCAAAGUUAGCAGCACGUUAUUUGGCUAGGAAUCUGUUCACCGAUGAGGUUCUUGUAUCAAGUAGUGUUCUGGGAAACAAACAGUAUGGGCUGAAGUCACUGGAUCCAAACAAACUUGCAGCUGUGAGAGAGUUCUUAAGCAAACAGUUUCCUCACCAUGAUCUUACUGAAGGUGGUAAAGACUGGAAGAUCUGCAUCUCAGCAAUCAAUAAUAUGAUCAGCACUACUAGGAGAAGAGUUGAAACGGGCUCAAACCAGGGAAUGGAAUACCUAUCUGAUGAAAUAGCAUCAACUUCAACUGUGUCCCCAUCCACUUCUGAUUCAGUUGCUAAUGGUCAGCUGUGGUGGCUUUACCAGAACCCAACACCAUUAUCUCCCACUACAAAUCAAAAACCUUAUGAGAAAUUAGAGUGCCUCGGUAGAUCUGACCGGAAAGUGGAGUUGCCAGCCUCUGUGAUCCAUCUUGCCAAGCAGAGGACACGACCUGAAUUGGCAGCUCGUUUCCUCAUCAGACAUCUCUUCCCAGACAGCAUUCUUCUCAGGAGUAACGUGUAUGGAGCAAUUCGGAAAGGAAAAGCUCCUCUAGACUGUAAUAAGAUAAAUGCUGUUAGAGAAUUUCUAGCAGAUUACUUUGCAGGUUUUGACCUGGCUGAGGAUGGCAAAGACUGGAAAGUAUGUGUUGAUGCAAUUAAUGGUGUCAUUCGAUGUCUCAGAUAUGAACUAAAGAAGACGCCACAAGGAAGAUCGUUCCUUAAACAUUAUUCAUCACCUGUCCCAGGCCAAGUUGAGAUGGAAUUAAAUGAAGCAAAUGACUGAAGGUUGCAAUUACAUGAUUACAGAUGCAAAUCCAAGUAUUCAUUGAAUGCUCUGAGGUGUAAGGAAAAUAUAGAAGAAUUUAAUAUAAGGAACAUUAAAGUGGACAUCCCAUGAGGAGGUUACAUUCACAGUUUCAUCAGUGUUUUGCUUAGAAUGUAACAAAAUCAUUACUCAAUUCUCAAAAAUUGCUUAGAAUGUAACAAAAUCAUUACUCAUUCUCAAAAUAAGAAUUAAAAAUGAUAACGCUAUUUUUUCAUACCACAUUCAUUUUAUCUGCGAGCAAUACAUCUGUCGACAUAAAAACAGACUUUAUUAAAAAUGAAGACCAAUACAGACAUCUAUUUGCACUGUUAAAUGCAUCUUUACCCAUAAAAAUAUAUAACAGUCUGCAGCUGGAGAGAGUGGAGUUCCCAUAUUGUUGUGAAAGGUCGACAACUUUAACCUUCACUAAAACAUGCACCAUCAUAGUAAUCAUAAUCAGGAGAUGACAAGCACACUGGCAUUAUGAAUUUCAUGGCCAAUAUCCUCCAAAGUAUGGACAGGGCAAUUCUAACCCUCUUUGCAGACUCAGACAAAUGGCCAUUGAAAUUCGCCCAGGUUACUUACAUGCUAAAAACCUGUCCAAUUCUCAACAUAAUGAUUUUUAACCUAAUUUGCCAUACAAGCUAUAAAGUCAUUAUUAACUUUUGCCUGUUCUGUCCCAAUUUCAUCACUGAUAGUCAACUGAAGUCAUCACUCCGGCUCAUUCAGGGCAUGGGGGUUCUCUUUAUUUCCCUGCCAAGCUGAGUGAAGUCAGAAAAGCAUAUUCCAU